CCUUUCCUUGCUUGCUUCCUUCUUUCUCUCCGCCUUCCCUUUCGGCAUCCUAGCGGCGGGAAUGGAGGAGAGCAGCCCCUGACGGGGGAACAGCUGCUCCAGCCGUUUGUGGGGCGAAAGAAAAGGAAAGAGAGAGCCAAAGAAAGGCUCCCUUCCUUCCCGAGGGAGCGGGAAAAGUGGGAAGAAGGCGCGCUGCUUGCGGGGCUCUCUCCAAGGGCGGCUCUCUUGCGUUGAGGCUUUGGGGGAGAAGUUUUCCAAGGUGGGGUUGGUUGUGCGCCGGGGAAGGAGGAUGCGAGGCCCCACGGGGAACCCCUACUGAGGCUCCCCAAGGCGGGCGAGGAGGAGGAGGAAGAGACACAGAGAGGCAUGGACAGCCAGCCGUGCGCCGCCUCCACCCGCCUGCCGCCCUCUGGACGGAAAGCCAAGCCUAAAGCUCCCCUUCCUCCACUGGAGAAAAGGAUCACUGAUGGUUCUUUUGAUGAUUCGGAAUUAACUAACUACACUAUGGAACAAAAAGAAAACAUAAUUGACAGGGACAUUGAGCUUUCCGUGGUUCUUCCCGGGGAUGUGAUCAAGUCAACAACUGUUAAUGGCAGCAAGCCAAUGAUGGACUUACUAGUAUAUCUUUGUGCACAGUACCGUUUAAAUCCAUCAAGCCACACUAUAGAUCUGAUGUCAGUAGAUAAGAAACAGAUCAAAUUCAAACCAAAUACACCCAUUGGGAUGCUUGAAGUCGACAAAGUGAUUUUAAAGCCGAAACAAAUGGAUAAGAAGAAACCCAUUCCUGUUGUCCCGGAGCAAACAGUGAGAGUAGUGGUAAACUACAAGAAGACACAGAAGACGAUUGUCAGAGUUAGCCCUCAUGUACCACUUCAAGAACUCCUCCCAAUUAUCUGUAGCAAAUGUGACUUCGAUCCUUUACACACUGUGUUGCUGAAGACCUACCAAUCUUCUGAGACACUUGACUUGACAACAUCUCUUAAUGUCCAUGGUCUGAGAGAAUUAUAUGCAAUGGAUAUCAGCAAAUCUACACCAACUACUGAAUUCAGCUUCUCAUUACAAGACUGUCAAAACUCACAAAAUUCAGAUGUCUUAAGGGAGAAGGAAAAUAAAGGAUUCUUCAGCUUUUUUCAGCGAAACAAAAAGAAACGAGAACAAACUGCCAGUGCUCCUGCUACUCCGUUAAUGAGCAAGCCAAGGCCUACCUUCAUCACGAAACCCAAUACAGUUUCCAAACACUACGACUCCAGCACGUUACCAUCUGAGAUGCCAAAGAAGCGACGAGCACCCUUGCCUCCUAUGCCUGCUUCUCAAAGUGUGCCCCAGGAUCUCGCACAAACUCAGGACAGACAUGCAACAUGUGUGGUAAAAUCGAGCAGUGUGGAUGAAACUGACAAGGGACUUUCAGGGAUAGGUAUAGUGAGAACAGGGUCUCUACAGCUCAGUGGCACAUCAUCGGUGAAUUCUUCUCUGAGGCGGGCCAAACGCAAGGCACCAACACCACCCCCCAGAAAAUUGCAAGCUCAAAGUGACAACAGCAUUGAGACUGGAUCCGAAUCAGCAGAAUCAGUUCACACAGAAGGCAGAGAAAGAUACUCAGAAGUACCAUCUCCAGCAGGCAAUGUAGUUGAUCUAACCAGGACUGCAGUGCCAUCAGGCUUCUCUGAACCAACCAGUCAUGAUCAAAACAAUAUCCAGCAAGUCCCAGAUGAAGGUAGUCGAUUGGGUAGUCUUGAUACGCCAGAUGAAUCUGAAAUCUCUUUCAAAUCUGACAUUGGCUCUGAAUAUAGCUUGGAAGAGAUCGAUGAGAAAGAAGAAAUGCAUGAAGAAAAUGCAGAUACCUCCCUUACUGGACAAGAGGUUUCUACCUCCAUCAGCUCUCCCAAUGUUCCACUGGAUAUUCAAAGAAAUGAGACUAUUCCAUUGGUCUCGAAUUCUGGCACUAGUGCUGAAGCUAAAAGACAGGAUUCAAAGGAAGAAAAAAUAGAAAACAUGAGGGCAGAUGACAAAGAUGAAUAUAAUCAGAAACCUAGAGAAAAGUCUACAGUUGACAGUGGGAAGCUGCAUGGAUCAUUACAGACAAAUAUAAAAAUAGGUCACGGUGAUACAACAUCCCUUCCAACAAUGACAGAUGAAAGACAAUACGAUGUAGUGGGAGUGAGAGAAAAUAAAACACUUGAAGUGUUAAACUGUGAAACCUGUCAAGAUGAUACCUCUCUAAAUCAGGAACACAAUAUGCAAGCACUUCUAAGAACGCAUGAGCAAAAAUGGGAUUGCUCCAGUGUGGAGACAGUAAAGACUCAGGAUGUUGCAAUUCAGGCAACCCCAUCUGAUAAUAAUGUAGACCAGACUGCACUAAGUAAGAGCAUGGAUCCUCAGGGUUAUAAGUUGGUCAGUCACAAAGAGUCAACCCAUAUUCAGAAACCAGUUGUGCCGAAUCAGUCCUCAGGGCUCCUAAACAGGAUGCAGGAGACUGUUGGAACAUUGACAGAGCAGAGCUACCAGAAGCACCAAGCGGUUCAAUGUAGAGCAAGCUCUAAUGGUGACCAAAGUCAUACAUUUGAAAAUGAUGACUCUGUGCCAACACAGAGAGUUGUCAAAAGUCCGGUUAGUUCCCCCACAGUGGGUUAUCCUCUUUAUCGUCAAGACUCAAAGCCUAAACCUAAGCCUUCCAAUGAGAUUACAAGAGACUAUAUACCCAAGAUUGGAAUGACUACUUAUAAAAUAGUGCCUCCAAAAUCCCUGGAAAUAGUUAAGAACUGGGAAUCAGAUACUGUAGAGAAUCAAGAAGCAUCAGGUUUGCACGUGUCUCCUAAGAACGAGAAUUCUCAAGAGUUUGGCACACAAACAGAAAUUCUUGAUACAAUAAAAAGCCCAAAUGAAACAGGAUCGGGUUUUAGAAAUGAAGUUAGGUUGCCAGCAAAUGACCCACCAGCUAAGACCUACGGUAUUGUGGAUAAUGUGACACUUGCCAAAGGCAAAAAAGUAGAAGCAGAACAUUCCAAGCCUAAUCCAGGGCAUCUAAUCGCUCCCUUGGUGCUAAGCACAGAAAGCAAAAGUUCUUCACCUCCUGCAGUGCGAGAAAAACCAAUUAUCUUAAGUCCUCCAGCAAAGCCAAACAAUUUUUAUUUGCAGAUGCAAAGGAGGAUUUCUAGUCACUAUGUAACAUCAGCAAUUGCGAGGAGCAGUUCUGUUAGUACCUCUACUCAGAGUGAAGCGAAGACUACAGAGACAGAGAAAAAGUUGGUAUCACCAGAUCAAAAUUCUUUUCCUUUUCCUCAGCUAGUUAGUUCUCCUUCCCAGUUAGUGGAAGAAAAGACUGAAAAUGGCCAUAUUGAGGAAAAAACUGAAGUCACCAGUUCUGCUCUCCAGAUGCAAAAGCCUCUGAAUUCUCCCCCUUCCCAGCCUCCUCCAGUAAAUCUAAAGACUUUAAGGACUUUUGUUUUGCCACAACCAUAUUCAAGUUCCCGGCCCUCACCUUUCGCCCUUGCUGUGUCAUCGGCAGUUAAGAGAUCCCAGUCAUUCAGUAAAACAUACAACACUGCACCCAGGCCAUUAAAAGAGCGCCCUGCUCUCGAUCGCCCCUCAUCCAUGUUCAGCCCUGAGAUGAAGGACCAUUCUCCUUUACCAAGUCCAACGGGGCCAACACAACGGAAUGUACUAGAGAAGGAAAAUAAUUGUGCAAGCUAUGAGCAAAGCAGGCAAGUCCCCUCUCUGCCUGGCCACCCAACGACUCCUGCCUGUGAGAAAGGCCCCGCCGUGACUCUCGAGCGUCCUGACCCAGAACAGAUCCACCAGAGCUUGCUGGCUGCAAUUCGCUCUGGAGAAGCUGCUGCCAAAUUGAGAAGGGUUGCUCCUCCAUCAAAUACUGUCGCUAUCAAUGGAAGAUCCAGCCUCAGCUCGGUGCCCAUAGAAGCAAGAUAUAGUCAUCACUAGAACUUCAUGCCAAACAUUUUGCACUUUAAUCACCACUGCAUAGACCUACUGCAUAAACCUACUUCACAGUUAAUUGUUGAAGACGAUGCAUUCGUGCAGGGUUGUGUUGGAAUAUAUUAUCAAGUGAAGCAUAGAAACUUCACAAGAUGCCUCAAAGAUAUUUUAGACUAUAAUUUAUAGCUUUUUGGGUCUUUUCUCUUUAAAGCUGAAAAUGCUAUUUCAGAACUCAUAACAAGGCAAAGAAGAUUUUGAUUUUUCUUCUUCUUCUGUGAUAAGCAGAUAGGCUGAUUUCUGUUUUAUCCUUAAUCCAUUUUAUGUAGCAAUGUGUUGUAUAAUGUUGAUGUAUGAGUUUCGUAAUGUGUAUAACUGCUUAAUGAUUAUGUUCAGAAAUGUAUGACUUUAAAUAUAGGUCUGCCACCUGUUGCCUUGAUUGUUACAUUGGUAAUUUAAUGAUGACAGUGAGCAGAGAAUGCUCUUUGAAGCGCAAGGGAGCAAGUUUUCUUUAUCUAAAGAUGUAGGAUCAAGUCCUUCCGAUCGUGAGCUGGAUCAUACCUGUUUUGAAUCGGCAUUUUUGUUAUAGUGUAUGUCUAAUGUCAAAGUAAAGAAAUAAUAUAGGUUUCUCUGGUCAACCUGUUCAACACUAUAUAUGGGGGUUUUUUUGCACAUACAUCAUUGCUGCAUGGUCUUAAUGAUCACUACAAAGUGCCUUGAUGCUCCUCUAUGCUACAACUCUACCACAUCUGCUUUCCAGGAGUGGCAGCUAAGUCUGUAUCACUGGACUGUGUAAGAGAGGGCUUGUUCAAUAUUGGGACCUGCAAACAUUUUGGUUUUCAGUUCCCAGAAACACCAGACAAUUCUGCUGGUGGUAAGGGAUUGUGGGAAUUGUAGUCAAAGGAAAAAAAGGAGCUAAAGCUUCCCCACACCUACUCUCAGGUGAAUAGUUCAGAGCAGAUUCACAUAACCAGAAAUCCAGAAAAUGGAUGACGUUUUUCAUUUUCUUACCCGGAUGUCAAUAACACCCCCUGCUAUCCUGCCCUGCUGUUUGACCACUUGAAUGGAAAUUGCCAAUGGCAGGGAAACCCAGUAAACAAUUUAUAGCUCAAGUAUUUGGGAAUCGGUAUUGAGCUGGCAAGAAGCAUCCAAGAGUUUAAUAGAGCUCUGGGCUAUAGUGAGGACUGCAGAAGAUUAUUUGGAAGUUAAUAUAAAUUCAUGAGUAAGGAAAGAAGGCUGAGGAUCAGCAUUCUCAAGAGAGAGCAAUAUUGGAACAGAGCAUCUAAAAUUCAUUUGAACUAAGCUGGAAAUAUAUAAAGCAGUCAAAAUAGUUAAAUGCAAAAUUCUGUGCAUACAAGCUUCUUUUUUUCUAGUAGUCUUUAAAAUUGAUAUUUUAUUUUUAUGUCAGAGAACUUUUUUAAAUAUUUCUCUUAAAUUCAGGAAAUUAAAAACAGGGAAUGAAAAUCCAAACCUGUUUUCAUAAGUAGGUUAAAAAGGUGGUGGUGGUGGUGAUGAUGAUUUUUUGCAUUGUAAAAUCUCUUUUAAUGACAUUUUAAGCAAUGUCAGAGAAGUAGUUUGAUCAGUGUACAAACAAAACAGGAGUAGAACUGAAUACUGUAAUUGCUACUGAAGAAGACAUGUCAGAUUGGGGAGCAAUGCACAUACAGCAAAAUCCUCAGAAACAGGUGUGGCAUUUCUUUGUCUGUUCAUCUUUUCCUGUCACUGCUGUCAAAUUAAUGUUGCAUUUGUAUGGCAAAGCUAUUUGUGAUCCUAGCUCUGAUCAAGCAAUGGAAUUGUAGAUAACAGGCUGCAAAUACUGGGAUAUUUGCAAUGUUCUAAACUAAUUCAUGGUUUUGUUAAAUAAAAUUAAUUGUAUUUAGUUUUAUUCUUAAGUAAUGAA